AGAGUCAAUCCAUCUUUGAACUUCUGAAAGAUGUUUUGACAGAAUUGCCAAUAGCAGAAACUGAUAGCUUGUGGCUUUUGGCUCUCAAAAUUGUUCUCAAACCAAAGAAAGUAUUUUGAGAAGCUGGUUGAGAUUUCUCUUAUUUCCGUGGCUAAAGAUGGAGGCAGUGAAAAUGGAUUUUCUCUUCCUUCAGCUGUAGUUAAUUUUGUUCUUCAGAAGGGUGGACUUCAACAUGCUAGGGAGACAUAGAAACGAUUUCUUUUUCUGCCCCACCCCGGACUUACUCUGUAUAGAGACUGCAUUGAAUUAGAGUCUAACCAUGCAUCUCUUGGUGAUAAAAAUUCUCUUGCUAAUGCCGGAAGGUUAUAUUGAAGCUGCACGUUCCACAUAUGACCAAAACGCAAGCUUGUGGAAAGAUUACCAUUCCAUGGAAAUGAAGCUUGCGACAUCAGAAACUGCCGCUGCUGUUUACUGGCGGGCGUGGAAGGUGCUGAAAGACUCUGCUGUUGGUUUUGCUUCAACAAAUCAAUAAUUCCUGUGUAAUACACUAAUACACAUGCAAUUUUGAC